UGGAUUUCAAUGAUAGAUAGGUACUUAGAUAAUGAAUUUAAGGGAAGCAUUUACUUUCUGUGAUAGCUUACGUUGAGUGUGUAUAAUAAUGCUCACCAAAUUAUUUUUGCUCGUAUUUAUCUGUGCCCUAGGGAAGUCUGUAGAAUCUUUGCGAUGCUACGCGUGUGGUUUCUCUUCCGUUGACACCAACAGGGCUUGUCUCACUAUAAGCAAUUCUACGAUCAGAGUAGAAUGUAGUAUGACGUAUUGCACAAUUAUGCGACAAGAACUUCGAGACCCUGCAGGCGAGAUAGUCAGUUUUUUACGAGGAUGCGAGGGAUCGCCAGACUUUUUAAAUCAUGAAGUGACAGAUUCAAAUUUUCGAACUUAUUACCGAGCCUGUACUACCGACCUCUGUAACAUCGGUGAUGGAAUACAACCCGUAGGAGAUGGAAAUUUAUCUCCUUAUCCUAUGUACAACGGUACGAACUUGCUUGUACCUGGCACAUGAGAUUUAAAAUUUAAAAUAAUCAUUACAAAUAUUGUAAUUUAAUUUUACAGUGUUUUAAACUUUACU